AAGUUAGUAAAUGUUUAAACGAAUACUUUUAGAUAACUUCUAAAGUUGCCAAUCAAAAUAUAUAUCUCUAUCAAUUAUUGAGUAACAUAAAACGUGAAUGUAUUGGUAAUACUAGGUAAUACAAUCAAAUCAAUAUAUAAGUAUAAAUCGUAUGCAAAUAGCUGAGGUUUGGCUGUGGUCGUGACCAUUUAGCACAUGCGUAGCCACCUGUAGUGUAUUUACUACUACGUAUAUAUGUGUAUAGCGGUCACGUUGCAAGCAGCGUGGAGUGUACGACUUGAUAUUUAUACAGUACAUUUGUAAUCUGUACUGUCUACAAGGAAUGUGUGUUUUUCUGUUUAUUAACCAAGCAUUAUAUGCGUACGGAAUUGAUAAAAGUGCUAGAAACUAUAGUGAUAUUUGUGUAUUAUUAAGUGAUAGUUAUUAAUUUUGUAUAAAUAAACAAUAUCCAAUAAAAUUCAAGCUGGAUUAUUUGUGUCCCAAUCUUAAAGUGUUAACAUUAUAUGUGUUUUGUGACAGAUAUAUAACUUGUUAUGUCUAAGAACAGUAAAUAAGAACAUUCUGGAAAUAUGACUAAAGCGAUGUCAGCAGCGGCUCAGACGCUACCGGCACCAAGCGCGCGCGCGCACGGCCUGGCCGCGUCCGCCGUCCGCACGCCGCCGCCGCGCCCCGCCGGCAAGCACAUCGUGCACUGGUUCCGCAAGGGCCUGCGCCUCCACGACAACCCCGCACUGCGGGAGGGCCUCGUCGAUGCUAUCACAUUCCGAUGCGUCUUCAUCAUAGACCCAUGGUUCGCCAGCUCCUCUAAUGUUGGCAUCAAUAAAUGGAGGUUUCUUCUACAAUGUUUGGAGGACUUGGACAGCAGUUUGCGGAAGUUGAAUUCCCGCUUAUUCGUUGUUCGCGGCCAACCAGCUGAUGCUUUACCAAAGUUGUUUCGUGAGUGGGGCACGACGGAGCUCACGUUCGAAGAGGACCCUGAACCCUACGGCAGAGUACGGGACCACAAUAUUAUGACGAAAUGCCGAGAAGUCGGAAUCAACGUGAUUUCGAGAGUAUCUCACACUCUAUAUAAAUUGGACAAAAUAAUAGAGCGUAAUGGUGGCAAAGCGCCGCUCACGUACCACCAGUUCCAAGCCCUGAUCGCGAGCAUGCCGCCGCCGCCGGCCGCUGAGGCCACGAUCUCGGCGCAGACGCUCAGCGGCGCAACUACGCCUAUCACUGAAGACCACGAUGAACGCUUCGGAGUCCCGACACUCGAAGAAUUAGGAUUUGAAACAGACAACUUAAAACCGCCGGUGUGGAUCGGCGGGGAAAGUGAAGCUUUAGCUCGACUAGAAAGACAUUUGGAGCGGAAAGCGUGGGUUGCAUCCUUCGGAAGACCGAAAAUGACGCCGCAAUCCCUACUGGCGAGUCCCACUGGCUUGUCACCAUACUUAAGGUUCGGCUGCCUGUCGACGCGGCUGUUCUACUACCAGCUGACGGAGCUGUACAUGCGCGUGAAGCGCGAGCGGCCGCCGCUGUCGCUGCACGGACAGAUCCUGUGGCGCGAGUUCUUCUACUGCGCCGCCACGCGCAACCCCAACUUCGACCGCAUGGAGGGCAACCCCAUCUGCGUGCAGAUUCCCUGGGAGAGGAACCAGGACGCCCUCGCCAAGUGGGCCAGUGGUCAGACCGGCUUCCCCUGGAUAGACUCCAUAAUGAUCCAGCUGCGCGAGGAGGGCUGGAUCCACCACCUGGCGCGCCACGCCGUCGCCUGCUUCCUCACGCGCGGGGACCUCUGGAUCUCCUGGGAGGAGGGCAUGAAGGUGUUUGACGAGCUGAUGCUGGACGCGGACUGGUCGGUGAACGCGGGCAUGUGGAUGUGGCUGUCGUGCUCAUCAUUUUUCCAACAAUUCUUCCAUUGCUAUUGUCCAGUCAGAUUCGGACGAAAGACGGACCCCAAUGGAGACUACGUUAGGAAGUACAUCCCGGCGCUGAAGAACAUGCCGACGCGGUACAUCCACGAGCCGUGGUGCGCGCCCGAGGCGGUGCAGCGCUCGGCGCGCUGCGUGGUGGGCCGCGACUACCCCAUGCCCAUGCUGGACCACGCGCAGGCCUCGCAGCUCAACAUCGAGCGCAUCAAGCAGGUCUACACGCUGCUCGCCAAGUACAAACCCAAAAAUUUGUUAAAUCCUCAAGUUGUGGUGCGGCCUAAUGAGAUGCAAUCAUCACCGAGUCCGACAUCAAUAAUUACAAGCAUAAAUCAAUCUAACUACCUCUGCAGCCAGGCUCCGGAGACGCAGUCGACUGCGCCCUCGCAGCAAUUCAAACAGGCCAACGAUAUCUUCCUCCGACCGAAUAACACGCUACGAGAGGCCAAAGCAAUGAAACAAGUUGUCAUUGUACAACAAGCACAAAACUCUAACGUUAAUACAAAAUUAACGCAACGUUCUCGAAUGCAAGACAAAUUUAUAAACGGCCAGUUGGAAAUAUCAUGCAACAUGGACCAAAGCAAACAAAAAAACUACGGCCUCAAGAACUUGGUGAUCAAGAACACCAGUCCUCAAUACAACAGAGACAUUUACACUCAACCGCAUAAAAAUAUUGACAGCUUACAAACUGUGCAAUUGAACAAUUUCAAUGAUAAUAAACCUAAAUUUUAUAUACCUUUUAAUAAAAGUGAAAUCCAAGUACAAAAUACUCAUAAUAACAUGGAUGUCUCUGAACAAUACAUCUCUAACACAAUCAAUAGUGAAUCAAAAAAUGUCAGUGAAGAAAAUUUGGCGAUUCCCACAGAUAAUUUAUAUUCUGAUACAGAAAAUCCACCAGAAAAAUAUGUCGUAGCAAGGGAAGUCUACAAAAUGUUUAAAAGGUUAAAGGAUAAGUUAGCCGAAGAGGUGAAAUCUUCACCUCAAAGAAUUCAACAAUUUGCUCAAGCUGCUCAGGCUGCCGUAACUUCAGCAUCUAGCAGCAUUUCGGAUAUUACAAAUAAUGACUUAUUUUCGAUUGGAGAUAAUGAUGUAAGCCAUAAAAGUUCUACAUCUGCUGCACAACAACAAACAUUCCAUGAAAUAUCACUUGCUGAGCAGAGAUCUUCACAAUCGGGCUUAGAGACACCAGAUAUGUCAUUCCAUCAUGAAGAAAACUCACGGCAGAGGCGAUUGUCUAACAGUUCUUUUGCAAGUGACAUAUCCUUCAGACUACCAACAUAUGAGAGUCCAUCUAUGUAUCACAUUCAGUCUGAUAUGGAUGUGUCUGCUAGUGAAGCGGAAGAGAAAGGUUUUAGCGGAGGUAUGGUGAACCUGGACAGAGUCACAAAGGAACAAUUGUACUCUGCAUACAGAAGAACACGAGACAGAUUCACCAAAUAUAAGACUCAGUAUGCAGAUCUAGCAAGACAUUACAAACUUCUAGAAAGAGAAAAUGCUAAAGCAAGGAAUGUGCUAGUCGAAACUCAAGACAAGGCCCUAAGAAGAAUUUCAGAGUUAAGAGAGCAGUGUAACUUAGAGCAGAGUGCAAAGGCACAUCUUGAAAAAGCUCUUCGCGAAGACAUGGAAGAAAAAAAUAUGAAAAUCGAUUCAUUAAAUAUGAAACUAAAGAUUUUGCAAGGAAACAAUGAAAAUGAUAAUUUAAAUACUACUAAGGAAGAUCCAAAUGACAAUGAAAGUAGCUCUCAGUUAAUUGAUUUAGGUGUAAAUCAAGAACAGGAAGCAAUAAAUCCUGAAUCUUUGCAGUCUGAAAUAACAACUUUAAACAACAAAGUUGCAAAAAUGGAACAAUUAUUAAACAAAUAUAAAGAGUCUCUCAAAAUUAGUAAAGAAAAGAAUUCGCAGAUUACUUCAGAACUGCAAAUUCUGUCAACUGAUUUAGAAAAUAAAAAUAAGGAAAACGAAGUUUUGAAAUCCGCUAACUUAGAAUUAAUGGAAGCAAGAAAUAAAAUAGAGGAGUUGAAAAACAAUAUUGAAGAGAUCCAAAAUGCUAAUACAGCUUCUGAAUUUUCAAGAAAUAAAGAAAUUUCAGUACUUAAAUUAGACCUUGAACAAGCUCACGAAGAAAUAUCGCAAUUAAACGGUAAAAUUGAUGGUUUAAAGAAAAGAGAAGAAGAGUAUGCAAUUUCAUUAGCAGAAAAUAAAUUGCGUAUUCAUAAAGAGCUCGAGACAAAAGAAGCAGAAAUAAAAUCUUUAAAAGAUAGUUUGUCUUUGUCUCAAAAUGAAGUCCAAUCACUAAACAUUGUACUCAGCGACUACAAAAAGAAUCUAUCUUUGUUAGAGGAAGAGCGUUCUAAAUUAAAUAACAAUAUAAGUGAACUUAAUACAGCUCGAUUGAAAAUAAAAGAACUGGAACAACAACUUGAUGAAGUUAAUAAAAAGUGUCAGAGUAUUGAACAUUCUAAAGGGAAAUUAGAUGAAGAAUAUAAAUGCUUGGAAUUACAAUUGAAACAAGAAACAGCUGAGAAGUUAGCAAUGAUAGAUCGUAAUGUAUAUUUGGAGAAUAGAAACACACAAAUAUCAGAGGAAUGUUCAAAAAAGAGCCAACAAAUUAAUAAAUUGGAAGUUGAGCUCAAGGCACUCGCAAACAAUAAAGAUUCUCAAUUGGAUUCUUCCUUAGAAAAUACAAAAUUACUUGAGGAAGUGGAUAAAUGGAAGUCAAAGUAUAAUCAGUUAGAAUCAGAAAUCCAAGAAGAAAGAGAAGAAUUAGUCAAACUACAGACAGAAAUCGAAAAACUUUUAUGUAAUCAUGAAUCUGUGCAAAGUGACAAUAUUAGAUUACAUGAUGAAUUGUUAGAAAUGAAAUCGAAAAACAAAGUUCUGAUAGAACAAAAUACGCAAAUGAAAUCUUUAUCAACAAUAUUAUUUAAUAAAAUCACAAAUUUAAAACAAGAAAUUUGUAUUUUUAAAGAGGAAAUGAAAUUAACUUCAGAAGAAUUAAUUCGCGAUAUAAAACAAUCUGUGAAGGACAAAUUAUAUUUACUUUUGAGUAAUUUAAUGAAAGAAGCUGAUGAAAGGACCAUUUCUCUUAAAUCAAACAUUUCCGCUUUACAUAAAGAAUUGGAAAUUGUAACAAAUUUAUGUGAAAGUAACAAAACUGAGUUGGAUUUAAAAAUUAAGCAAACUGAAAAAUUAGAAAUAAAACUACAUAAAGCAAAAACAGAUUAUGAUGAUUUAAAAGAAACGAUAUCUAACAAUGUCGAGGAAAAUACGAGUUCAAAAGAAGAAAUAAUAGUUUUAAAAAAGGAAAAAGACAACCUAUACGCGACAUUACAGAAAGAGAUUGAAUUAAAAACAGAUAUUAAGGAAAGCAUUCAAAGACUUAAGGAAGAAAAAAUAAUAUUGGCGGAAAAAGUUCAAAUACUAGAAGAACAGAUAGUUUUAAAUAAGAAAGAAAAGGAAGAAUUGAUGUCCAAGCUAAAACUUUCCGAUGAACAAAUGUCCACUGCGCAAUUUGAAGACGGAAGAUUAAAGGAAUUAAUUGAACAAUAUAAAAAUGAUAAAACAGAUUUGGAAAAGAGGAAUAACAAUUUACUUGAAACAAAUAAACAAUUGGAAGCUACACAAGAUAAACUCAAAUUAGAAAUUGAAAAUUUACUGCAGAAAGUCAGUGAGAGCGAAGUUAAUGUCAAAAAAUUAACAACAGAAAUAGAACAAUUACAAAAAGAAAUAAAUCAUUUACAAAAUAAUAAUUCUGAACAAGAAUCGAAAUAUCAAACUAUAAUGGAAAAACUGAAUGAAACAAAUGCAGAGAAAAUUAAAAUGGGUGGUGAACAAGAUGCUUUACAUGAAAAAAUAAGAGAGAUCCAAAACGCCAAAAUUGCCAUUGAAACAGAUAACAAAGCAUUACAAGAUGAAAUACAUAAACUGAAAUCAAAUAAUUCUACUUUAAUAAGCGAAAACAGAGAAUUAAAUUUGAAGUUAAAAGAAAUCAUAGCACAAAAUGCUGCCUUGGAUACCGAAAAUAAGAGUAAUCUUAAAGAGUUAAAUGUUAUUAAAGACAGCAAUACAUAUCUACAAGAAAAAGUUAAUAUUACAAAGAAACAACAUGAAGAUGAUAUAUUAUCUCUAGAAGUUUUGAAGAAUGAAAAUUUCGAUUUAAAGAAAAUUCUCGAUGAAAAUAAUAAAACUCUUCACGAGUUACAGAAAGACUUUAAAAAUUUGGAAGCUGAGAAUAUUGUACUUAAAAAUCAGUGUGCAACCAUUUCUAAUAAUGUGAAAGAACUAGAAAUUGAAAUGCUCCAAGUACGAAAUUCGCACAUAGAAAUCGAAAAGGAAAAGGAUCAUUUAAAUUCUGUAAUAAAAAAUUUGGAGUCACAUGAAAAAUCAGUGGAUGCUUUAAAUGAUGUUCACACACAAACUAGUCAAUUAGAGGAUUUUAUAGAUAACAGUGCUCAAACUAACGUUGAAAGUGGCGCUGUUAACGAAACUAUUAGCAAAACUAUUGACACAACUAAUUUGACCAGUAGCACAAUUCAAAGUGAAUAUGCUGUACUCAAAGAAGAAAAUAGACGUUUGCGUUCAGAUAUAGAAGGCCUACAAACUUAUUUAACAAAAAUUUCAAAAGAAAACAGUGAUCUGAAUGAUAAGCUAAGAGAAGUGAUUACAUCUAAUGACAAUUUUACUGAAAGAAGUGAAAUGUCUCAGUACGAUAUAGAUGCACUUAAGAAUGAAAUUCAAUCUGGAAGAGACAAAAUCGACAAUUUAACAAGAGAAAAUACAUUACUUGCAGAAGAAAAUUUGGAACUUAAAGAUCAAAUUCAUUUUCAAAGUUUCAAUAAAUCGGAUCAUGUUAAGGAUAAUGUAAGUGAUGAUAAAAAUUUAAAUGAUAUGACUAAAAAGUAUAAUAAUUUAUUAGAAAGAAAAAAUGCUUUAGAACAACGAAUCAACGAUUUAGAGAACAUAAACUUAUCUGCUAAUGCUAAUUUGCAAGAAGUACAAGACAACAAUGACCGAUUGAGGCUCUCAAAUGACAAAUUAGGCCGGCGGCUGGAUGAAGCUCUUGUUAGUUUGAGACAUUUACAUUUGCUGCAAGAGAAUACUGAAUUAGAGUAUUUAAGAAAUAUUUUAUAUGAGUAUAUGACGGGAUCAGGCACACAUUCCUUAACACUAGCAAAGGUACUGUCAGCAGUUGUCAAAUUUACUGACUCCCAAACCGAGCUUGUCAUGCAGAAGGAAAGGGAGCGACAAGGAAUUUUGCGGCAACUUGGCAUUGUAUGAUAAUGAAAGUUGCAAAAAAUGUUUAAAUGCGCCACUGUUGAGGGACAUUUUAUAAAGUUUUUUUAUAUAAAUUGUAAUUUUAAAAGACU